ACUGGACAGUAGAAUGAACUGUUUAUGAACGUGUUUUGUUCUGUAGCCGGUAAUUAUCAGCACGUCAGCCAAAAAGGGGAAAAGAGCCAAACAGGUAUUGGACGAUCCUGGACGUGGACCGCCACCACAAGUUCAAUGAGCCCUUCAGGUCACGUGUGGCGUACAUAUGAAGCUGGAAAUCAAUGUUAUAUGAAUUUCGAAUCUCUUGAUGUAAAAACAAGAAUUCCAUGGCUGGAUAAAGUUGGAUACGAUUCUAUGCAAUAUAAUAGCGUUGUGUCAUUUGCCAUUUGUGUCAUUGCCAGCUUGAAUCUGAAGCGUACUUCGCAACCUUUUUUCCGAAAUGUCAAAUUUUUUCAGUCGGGUACGUUUUUUUUUCACAUUUCAUUUAGUCUGCUCGAACUGAAAGAUUAAAUUACGCAUAAUUUACGAGAAAUACGAAAAAUAUGGACCUAGAAUCGUUUCGCUCAAAGUAUAGCGAUCUAACAGUCACCGCUUUGCCUCCUGGCGGAAAGAAGAAGGAAUCAACGAAGGCCAACGAAGAGGACAUCAAGAUGGCAACUGUGGAGGAAAAACCGCCACGCGUUGAGAUUACUCGUGUAACAUCUGGUAAUGGCACUGCAUACGGACCCCCCACAUCAACUUUUUUAGGCGGUUCCUCAUCGUUCUCUGCUGGCGGACCAGCACACGGACCCAGCUCUGGAGUAUUUGCAUCGAACCACCGCGGCGGUUCUAUAUUGGAACCAUCCCCAUCGACCCCUGCUGACGGGUCUGGCUCCUUGCGCACCCGAUCGCGGCAGCAGACUGCCGCCGCCUUGGCCUACGCCUGCGAGUACAAGCAGGUGAUGGCUAAACUGGAUUACACGAAGUUCAUGCAGGCCAAGCUGAAGCAGCUGUCCGCAUCGCAGGGCCAAAAUAACGCCGGAGCAGCUCACAAUAGUGUGAUGACAUCGGAGAAAAUCGUCGUUGCCGACGAGGAUGUCCAAGGGAACAUUGUGGACACAUUUGACAAUCUUAUGUCCGUUGUGGGGAAGAUGAAGGCCGUUUUGAACCCCACCGUCAUGGGGAUGCGGUUCGCCUCGGAGCGUAUGCUGCAUGAGAUAACCAAUGCCCGUCUCGUGGUCAAGACGGGUCAAAUAAUUCUAAAGCGCGAAGAACUGGAUACUUCAGUUACUCCCUCCGACGAGUGACGUCAUCCGGUGCAGGUUCACCGCCACUCGUUUUACGACAUUUUUCAGUGAGUGCCAUAGUAAAAGAACAAUAAAACAAUAACAAAAAGCGGGGAGUUCUGCGAACCCUCAGUCAGCACAUGAAAAGAG